GGAACAAGUGCAGAACAGGACAAUCGCUUCAGCAACAAGCAGAAGAAGCUGUUGAAGCAGUUGAAGUUUGCAGAAUGCUUAGAAAAGAAGGUGGACAUGAGCAAAGUAAAUCUGGAGGUAAUCAAACCAUGGAUAACAAAACGAGUAACAGAAAUCCUUGGAUUUGAAGAUGAUGUAGUAAUUGAAUUUAUAUUCAACCAGUUGGAAGUGAAGGCCUGAACCAAAAUGGAAGUUAUUCCUUGCGUCUGAAGUAUAGCACCAUCACCUUAUUAGGUCACAGCAGAGUGAGUGUCCAAUGUCGCUCUGACCCAACUCCCUUGAUGAUGCAGUGGGUGUUUGGAGAACCCAGAUUCCAAAAUGAUGCAAAUCAACCUGACUGGUUUUUUGAAUGGGAAAAAUGCUAGGGAGUUCAUGGGAGAACUGUGGCCACUGCUGUUAAGUGCACAAGAAAACAUUGCUGGUAUUCCAACUGCAUUUCUGGAACUGAAGAAAGAGGAAAUAAAACAGCGACAGAUAGAGCAAGAGAAACUGGCUUCUAUGAAGAAACAAGAUGAAGACAAAGAGAAGAGGGAUAAGGAAGACAAAGACAACAGAGAAAAAAGAGACAGAUCCAGGAGUCCAAGAAGGCGCAAAUCCCGGUCUCCUUCCCCUCGGAGGAGGUCAUCGCCUGUCAGAAGAGAGCGGAAGCGCAGCCACUCCCGCUCCCCUCACCACAGAACCAAGAGCCGUAGUGCUACUCCUGCACCAGAAAAGAAAGAGGUGACUCCUGAGCCAGAACCCGCCGUGAAACCAAAGGAGACUGUUGUUCAAGAGGCAGCUUCCAACAGUGAUAUCCCUAAAGCUCCUAAACCUGAACCUUCUGUACCAGAGGCUAAGGAAGCUUCACCAGAACGUAAUUCCAAGAAGGAGAGAGAGAAGGAAAAGGAGAAGACACGUCAGAGAUCCCCAACUCGGUCCAAAUCGAGGUCAAGGUCUCGAUCACGUUCUCCAUCUCAUUCCCGACCAAGAAGGCGUCAUAGAUCACGGUCAAGGUCUUACUCUCCUAGAAGGCGACCAAGCCCGAGACGACGGCCAUCUCCAAGGAGAAGGAGCCCUCCAAGGAGAAUGCCUCCCCCACCCAGACACAGAAGAAGCAGAUCCCCUAUCAGGCGGAGAAGAAGGUCAUCAGCAUCCCUAUCUGGCAGUAGCUCUUCUUCCUCCUCUUCGCGUUCCCGAUCACCGCCAAAGAAACCACCUAAAAGAACUGUAUCCAGUCCUCCUCGGAAAACACGGAGGCUCUCUCCUUCUGCCAGCCCUCCAAGACGAAGGCACAGGCCAUCCCCACCAGCAAGCCCACCUCCAAAACCACGUAGAUCUCCAACACCCCAGCAGUCAAACCGUGCAAGAAAAAGCCGUGGUUCUGUUUCGCCUGGCAAAGCAUCAGCUACCAAACAUAAGAGUACUGAAAAAAGAGAAUCUCCUUCGCCAGCACCCAAACCAAGGAAAGCAGAACUGUCUGAAUCAGAAGAAGAUAAAGGAGGUAAAAUGGCUGCAGCAGACUCUGUUCAGCAGAGGCGUCAGUACAGAAGGCAAAACCAACAGUCUUCAUCUGAUUCUGGUUCUUCAUCUUCAUCUGAAGAGGAAAGACCUAAAAGAUCCAAUGUGAAGAACGGGGAAGUCGGCAGACGCCGCCGCCACUCGCAUUCUCGCAGCCCAUCACCCUCUCCACGGAAACGACAGAAGGAAUCCUCCCCCCGUAGGAGGAGGAGAAGUCCCUCACCCCCCCCAGCCCGGCGGCGCCGCUCUCCCUCACCCGCUCCUCCUCCCCGGCGGAGGCGUUCGCCUUCCUUACCUCGUCGGAGGUCUCCAUCCCCACCCCCCCGCAGACGCUCGCCGUCUCCGCGGAGAUACUCCCCACCGAUCCAGAGACGAUAUUCUCCUUCUCCACCACCUAAAAGAAGAACAGCUUCUCCUCCUCCUCCACCCAAACGAAGGGCAUCACCUUCUCCACAGUCAAAACGUAGAGUCUCCCAUUCACCACCACCAAAACAAAGGAGCUCCCCAGCUGCUAAAAGGCGUUCACCUUCCAUAUCUUCCAAGCACAGGAAGGGAUCUCCUCCCAGUAGGUCCAAUCGGGAAGCACGUUCUCCACCACAAAACAAAAGGCAUUCACCUUCACCACGGCCUAGAGCUUCUCAUACCUCUGCAAGCCCACCACCACCACGAAGGGGAGCUUCAGCUUCACCCCAGAGAAGACAGUCUCCAUCUCCAAGCACUAGACCCAUCAGGAGGGUGUCAAGAACACCUGAACCUAAGAAGACAAAGGCUUCCACACCAAGCCCACGAGCUGCAAAACGAGUGUCUUCAUCCCGCUCUGCAUCAGGAUCACCUGAGCCAGCAGCAAAAAAACAUCAAGGCCCUCCAUCUCCUGCUCGUUCCUGUUCCCCUUCUGCAAACUGGUCACCUGCAAAGAAAGCUAAAAGCCCAACUCAGAGCCCAUCACCUGCAAGGAAUUCAGAUCAAGAAGGAGGUGGAAAGAAGAAGAAGAAAAAGAAGGAUAAGAAGCAUAAAAAGGAUAAAAAGCACAAGAAACACAAAAAGCAUAAGAAAGAAAAGGCUGCAGCAGCUGCAGCUGCUGCUACUACUGUGGCUGCACCAGAUACCACAUCAGUACAGGAAGAACAGGAACCAGAGACAGAACCCAAAAAGGAGACAGAAAGUGAACCAGAAGACAACCUGGAUGAUCUAGAAAAACACCUGAGAGAGAAGGCCCUGAGGUCGAUGAGGAAGGCCCAAGUGUCCCCCCCAUCCUAGGCUGAAUCCUUUGAUAUAAUGUACAUUUUAUUUGGUUUGUACUCAGAAUUCAAUUUCAAAUUGCUAAAUGUGUUUGAGCUUUAGAAUAUAACAUUUGUUGUAAUAAUUGCUAGGUUGAGGUUCACCAUGUACAAAGGGCAUGGAUUUACAUUACAAAAGGUGUCCACAGUGUACUAGUGACAUUCUUUCAUUGACAGUCAACAUAAAUUCAUUUAGAGUGAGACUUCUUAGAGGCAGUAGGAAUUUGUUUUGAAGGCUUUAAACAUGACCCUCAAUCCCCAAGUUUCUUUGAAAUUCAACAAAGCCUUGAGCAUAAUUUGCAAGAGUCUCAUUUGACUUUUUUUUAUAUCCACUUACAUUAUGCUACUAACCUUUGUGGUUUGUAAACUUGCCCAGAAGUAAAACCACUGCAGAAUUACCGAGGAAGUACAGAUAUUUUAAUGCUUUCUACUGUUGCCUGUAUAGUCUCCAUUAAAGCAAAUAAAAAAAUAGCAAUUUAGAAUGGUACAUAAAUGAAAGCAUGUUAUUUACCAGGACACUGUGGGUUUAUAUUGAUGUAACAUGUUGAUUUGGAACACUGGAAUUUCAUUUGUAUUUUUAUGUUCUUUCUUUUUUUUUUUUUCUUUUUUAAAGGGCAGUUUCCAUCAUCAGCAGUCCCAGAAAAAAAAAAAAUAAUUCCUUCAGUUACAUAAAUUUUGUUUGUGAGAUGUUGCCCCCUUCAUCAAUCUUGUCUCGUUAGGGUUCUUCUGAAUGGGAUGAGCAACUUUCAGAGAUGUGUUCUUUGAAAGUCUGAGGAACCUGAACUUUGGAUAUUGUCAUGUUUUCACUGUUUUUUUGGUUUUUUUGUUUUUUUUUUUAACUAAAGCUAUAUAAAGCUUGUGGAUUAAACAAAAUAAAUUUCUAAAUUUAAACAGAUGUUGGCUAUUUUUCUACAAACAUUUACAUUUGCUAAUCAGCUUUCUUUUGUACAGGGUUAAUGAAUACACAGAUAAAGGAAAAAAAGUAUUUGAUUCAAUAUGCUGGCUUCUGAAAAACUGUUUUUUAACUGUCCUGGGGGAGCAGAAAUAGCCCUUUGUUAACAGAGUGAUGCUCCUGUUGUGUCUGGAUUGGUGUUCUUGCAAAGCAAGAGUAAAAUAAUCCACCUGGUCAGCACUCUGUUAGGACAGAUAAGCUUAAAACAACCAAACACAGUAUUUGCUGGUGGAGAUUGCUUAUCAGAGCAAGUAAAAUGUUUCAAGGUCCUGCAAAAUAAAUUAAUGGCAGGUUUGCAUUAUCUUAGUUCCAAGCUUUAGUCACAUCAACACUGGUUUGAAUCCUCAUCUGAAGAAUCCUGGUGGUUUGCUGCCUUUUUCCAUAAUCAUAUUUCAAACUUGCUGGAUUGCUACUGUAGAAUUUAUUUUAAAAAUUCAAGCUCUUGUUUCUGAAACCAAGUCAAUUCUGAAGUCUGAGGUUCCUCUGGAAGGAGGAAUGGAACAUGCUUUUGAAAUGAAUUAUUAUUUUUUUUUGUCCUGCAGCUGCAGUAGAUGUGAUGUACGUGAUGGAGUGUAGAUAUUUGGUUACUCUUUUUACUUGACAUCCUGUAGGGUUUUAAAAUGAAAGAUAUUCUGUAGAUAAUGGAUGGAAGGGGAUAUCUCUGAAGAUAUUUCUGCACUUCCCUAUAUGCUGAAUCUUUUGUUUCUUAGCGUAAGUAUACGUUGUAUGCUAAAGUGCUUGUAAACUUAGUUCAACACCACUU